AUGGAAGGAGAAUGUCUCUGCAAAGGUAGUGAUGGGGAUUAUCAUGCUCUUUCCCCAUAUCGACAUCUGCCUGCUGUGGCUGUCAAGGUCAACGAUGACAACCUCUUCGGCGAACAGCGCCGCGGUCACAUAUGCCACUGUGCCAACUGCCGCAAAGUCGCCGGCGGGAUUACCGAUAAUCACCAUGGCGUGCAUUUGGUUACGAUGCACCGAGUGAACCAGCCGCUGACUGAGCUCUGGGGUUUGGGGCUACACAGAUUCGGCGUCAACUUGACAAUCGAGGAAGAGAAAGUCGAGUUUCCUAAGGGCAAAGACAAUAUCAAGCUGUACUCUGUUCGUUCCAUCCCCGUCAUCAGCUUCCGCUCCCCAAAUUACCCUAGUCUGACAAGAUACACACAAUCCCAGGAUCCGGAGACACUCAGUGGAACCCCGGUGCAGCGGUAUUUCUGCCAAACGUGCGGCGUGCCCAUCAUGAGCAUCACGCCUUUGUACAAGGGCAAGAUCGUUUUGAAAUUGGGACUGUACCCCAAACUCCCAGUCCCGGAAUGGGAGUCGUUCGCCUCAAAGCGGCAAAGCUGGGAAAAGCCGUUUGAAGGGACCAUCCAGUACAAGACCAAGGGAUCCCAAUCCCCCAAGGAAAAGUUGUAUGCGCAGGACGAGGCUACAUAG